AUGGCGGGGAAGAACAUGAUGAAACUUGCCAUAUUGAGCCUCUCUUUCGUGGUGCUUGUGGCCAUGGUGAUUGGGUUGAUCGUAACAGUCAACAAAUAUUCGGAAGAGAAGCCUGAAAGCACGAAACUUGAUGAGGACGUAAAGGCUUCAAUCAAAGCCGUUUGCGAGAACACAGAUUACAAGCGUACUUGCGUUGAAAGCCUCUCAGGAGCCUCCACGAAGUCGACCAAUCCUUAUGACCACAUAAAGACCAUGUUUGAGAUCACGAUUAAGCAGCUUGAUGCUGCGGUGAAAAACUCUUCGUUUAUGAACGAGAUCCAUAGAGACCCAAGAACCAAUGAUGCUCUCAAGGGUUGCAAGGAGCUUGCAGGCCUUGCUGUUAUGGAUUUGAGGAGAGCUUUCGACAAAAUGAGCGGUUUCAGUCUCAAUGAGUUUGGCCAAGCUCUUGUCGAAUUGAAGAUAUGGAUGAGUGGUGCGAUAACUUACGAACAAACUUGCCUAGAUGGGUUUGAAAAGACACAAGGAAACGCAGGAGAGAAAAUGAAGAAAGCUUUGAAGAAAUCCAUGGAGUUAACAAGCAACUGCCUUGCCAUGACUACAGAUAUCUCACAGGCUCUUCAAGAAGUUGCUGUACCCCAGACUACAAAUCGUCGUCUGCUAACCUUAUUCAGCACCGAUUACAAUAUUCCCGAAUGGGUAGAUGCUACAGAUGAAAAUGUGUUGGAGAAAACGUCGAUGAAGAUCGAUCGAGACCUUACGGUUGCACAAGAUGGGAGUGGAGAUUUUGAGUCGAUAAACGAAGCUUUGAAAUUCAUUCCUGUUAGGGGGAAGGAGAGGUAUGUGAUGUACAUUAAAGAGGGAAUUUACAAAGAGAUAGUCCAGUUCCCUAAAAACUUGACUCAUAUAAUGAUAAUUGGUGAUGGACCCAGUAAGACAAGGAUCACUGGAAACUUGAACUUCAUUGAUGGAGUUACCACCUACCAUACUGCAACUGUUGCUGUUUCUGGAGACUUUUUCAUUGCGAGGGACAUUGGGUUCGAGAACACAGCCGGUCCCGAAAAGCACCAGGCCGUAGCGUUGCGCGUUAGUGCAGACAGAGCGAUCUUCUACAACUGCCACAUGGACGGUUAUCAAGACACCCUUUACGUGCACACGUAUCGCCAGUUCUAUCGUGACUGCACCAUCUCGGGCACCAUUGAUUUCCUUUUUGGGGACAGUGCAGUGGUGUUCCAAAACUGCAUCAUGGUUGUUCGAAAGCCAAUGGACAACCAGAAUUGCAUUGUUACAGCACAAGGCCGAAAGGAAAACCGACAGCCAACAGGAAUCGUCCUCCAGAAUUGCAGCAUUGUGGCAGAUCCAGUAUACUUUCCGGUGAGGAAGGAAAUCAAAUCGUACCUUGGACGGCCAUGGAAGCAGUAUUCAAGAACAAUCAUCAUGGAAUCCUUCAUCGAUGAUUUGAUUCAGCCUCAAGGGUGGUUGCAAUGGAACCAAACUUUCGCUUUCGAUACCCUUUUUUACACUGAAUUCAAUAACCAUGGCCCAGGAUCUUCCAAGUUAGAGCGUGUACAAUGGCCUGGGGUGAAAGAACUACCAGCGAGUCGAAUCAAACGCUUUACGCCUGGAAAAUUCAUCACGGGUGACUCAUGGAUCCCACCAACAGGUGUUCCUUAUACCUCAGAUUUCAUCUAUGAACCCCCGAAAGAUGAUCCGAAGAACGAUUACAGUAAGAAAUCUAACGAAGAGGAUAGAGACUAUACUCCCACUCCAGAGAAGGAAAAGAAGCAAAAGAAGCCAAAGAAAAAGAAGAAACCAAAGAAAGAGAAGGAUGAAUCUUCAGAUAAGCAAAAAGCACCAGCUGAAGGUCCUAGCAGCAUGGCUGAGAGUGAGAUAAGUGCACCAUAUGCAAGCCCAGCACAGCCACCAUCACAAGGAGCAUCCCCAACACCCAAAAACGGAUCUUUUCUGAGGAAAGUUUUUGGAUUAUUUACGAAAAGUAAUCACUAG